CUGCUGUCUUCCUCCUGGGCCUGAGGAUUGGACAGGACACUGCUGCUAGUGCCGGGCCUAUGGGCAGAGUUCAGUCUGAGCAAUCUCACCUGCCUUCCUCUCAGACCCCUGUCCCUGACAGCUCCUUCUUCCCUCCCCAGCUGAGAUCUGCACUGUGGGCUUCAUAGCCCUCCUGUUUACAAGAUUCUGGCUCCUCACUGUCCUGUAUGCGGCCUGGUGGUAUCUGGACCGAGACAAGCCACGGCAGGGGGGCCGGCACAUCCAGGCCAUCAGGUGCUGGACUAUAUGGAAGUACAUGAAGGACUAUUUCCCCAUCUCGCUGGUCAAGACUGCUGAGCUGGACCCCUCUCGGAACUACAUUGCGGGCUUCCACCCCCAUGGAGUCCUGGCAGUCGGAGCCUUUGCCAACCUGUGCACUGAGAGCACAGGUUUCUCUUCGAUCUUCCCCGGUAUCCGUCCCCAUCUGAUGAUGCUGACCUUGUGGUUCCGGGCCCCCUUCUUCAGAGAUUACAUCAUGUCUGCAGGGUUGGUCACAUCAGAAAAGGAGAGUGCUGCUCACAUUCUGAACAGGAAGGGUGGCGGAAACUUGCUGGGCAUCAUUGUAGGGGGUGCCCAGGAGGCCCUGGAUGCCAGGCCUGGAUCCUUCACGCUGUUACUGCGGAACCGAAAGGGCUUCGUCAGGCUCGCCCUGACACACGGGGCACCCCUGGUGCCAAUCUUCUCCUUCGGGGAGAAUGACCUAUUUGACCAGAUUCCCAACUCUUCUGGCUCCUGGUUACGCUAUAUCCAGAAUCGGUUGCAGAAGAUCAUGGGCAUCUCCCUCCCACUCUUUCAUGGCCGUGGUGUCUUCCAGUACAGCUUUGGUUUAAUACCCUACUGCCGGCCCAUCACCACUGUGGUGGGGAAGCCCAUCGAGGUACAGAAGACGCUGCAUCCCUCGGAGGAGGAGGUGAACCAGCUGCACCAGCGUUAUAUCAAAGAGCUGUGCAACCUCUUCGAGGCCCACAAACUUAAGUUCAACAUCCCUGCUGACCAGCACUUGGAGUUCUGCUGAGCCCAAAGGGCAGGGCCAACAUUAGGGAGCCCAGCAGGAGGUGCUGUGCUGAGAAGACUUCCUGGAGGUGUUUGUUGAACAUAUCUGCAGAGCCUUCCCAGACUCCUGCAAAUCCAACCCAUAUCAGGCUGUAAGUCAGAGCAGGCAAUGCAGAAGAGGAGACCAGACUCUGGCACUGCAGUCUGCACUCCUGCUGCAAGACCUCUGCGAGCCUCCUGCUCCUUGGCUUCUGUCUGCUCAUCAGUGGAAUGGGAGAGAGGGCUGGAGGAGAAUGGUUUCUGAGGUCUCUGUUCUCUAUUGUAAUGUCACUCAAACAUUAUAAAAGGAAAUGCAGGGAAAAAAAGAGAACAGCAAGGUUUUUAUUCCUCUGACCUUGAGUGACAGCACAAAAGAAGCCACCAGCUCCAGUCCCUUCUCCUACAAGACCUGUCAUCUUGCACCCUGGAUGUCCCAGGUCCUCCCUCUCCAUGCUGGAGAGGAGGGGUGGCCAGUAAACCCCUGCACUCACCCUAGGUAGCUUCAAGCUUCUGGGUUCUCUGGGUGAUGGAGCGGCAGCCAGAGGCACACAGAAACUGGGUAGGGAGGACUGUGCUCUGUUACCGACUGGCUAUAUGACUGUGGGCAGGCCUCUUUCCUCUCCUUCUGAGCCUCAGUUUUCCCACUGAUUCUGAGUCUCAGCUCUGGCAUUACAUAGGCUGAGAACUCCAUAAGGCGCCUCUUACUCACCCUUUGUAACUUCAGCCCCUGACCUUGCCACAAAAAAGGGGGCUCCAUAAAUGCCAGUUCAACAAAUGAGAGAAUUAUAUUUUAGCAUGCUUCUCUUUCUUUCUACCCCCAACCAAGAGGGCUAGUCAAAGCCUUACCCUUGACCGCCCAGCCUGGCCCUGGGGCCUUAUAUCACCUUCUCAGAAGUUGAAUGAGACUGAGCCAGAGAAGAGCAUGCUGGUCGCUUCUUCCUGAUGCAUCAACCCUAAGCUUACCACCUCUGGCCCCAUUCUGUUGGGAAAGAAGCGGGGGUCAAUUUGUUAAGACACAGGGCAGGCCAGCACAGAGAAUGGAAACCAGAUGUGAGAUGUGUGCAUGUGUCUGCAGGGGUGUGGGGGGUGCAGAGGGGUAAGACGGGGACAGACACCCUGACCAGAGUUCUAGAUUCCUGGGUUAGGGCCAUGCAUCAGUAGGGAGGGAACAGAGGGUGGGUGGGUUGGACCAGGGUUUGUGACUCUCCCUCACCCUCUAGUGGGGAAACAGACCCUUCCCUGCCAGGAGGAGAUCACACCCAUAACCACAACACGGGGCACUUAGAGAAGUGUACAUUUGGGUUUCAAUCCUGGCUCUGGCUCUGCCCCUUUUCAGUGAUCCUGGGCAAGCCACAUCUCCAAACCUCGAUUUUGUCAUUUGAGAAAUAAAUACUAUAGUAUCCAC